UCCAGUCUUCUUUGAUUUGUAGUCACUGUUUUUGACAUCAAACGCAUCUCCGAAUUAUCGCACGUUAUUUACAUAUGUUUGGAGUACGGACUCGUAAAUUGAAUCGUAUGAGUACGGGUUGACUGAUAGUGGGGAAUCAGAUGAUCUAAUAGUGAAGCUUGUAUAACUGCCGGUGAAGAAAUUCCUGGUCAUGCCUACUGUAGACUAUUUAAAAAUGCGCUGAAAAAAUGCUAACGUCAAAACGAUCGGGAUCAGUCAGUCCCGAGGAGGUUGACAAUGGAUCUGAUACAAGGGUUUCUGCCGCCGACGGAAAUGGUUCAGUAACGUCAAACGCGUGUCGAAACGAUUCUUUACCAGAGGAAUUUUUGUCAAGCAGAAGAAUUGGACGAAGAAAUGCUUUAACUUAUGCCGAAAGUGGAAUGGUAGAUCUACCAGACCGCUUCGAGGAGCUUUCUGUGGAAACAGAUGAGCCUAGUACUGAGGGACGAAAUUCAAGCACACCGGGUACAUCGAAACAGCAACAUUGAUCUAAUUUGAGGAUUCUUUAGAAAAUUCCUUUAUCUCAACAUCGACAAUGCACGAUGUAGUAGGGAAAAGACCAGGGAAAAGACAGUAUUACUUUAAGAUCGUACUGAAUGCCUCAGUAAGAGUUGUUAACAUGUCAUUCUGUCACUUGAGAUUAUACUUUCACGCCUAAUUAUUUAAGUAAUUAUAUGUUAAUAUAUAUACAAUCUCAUUAUAUUUUAAAGGUUAGGUACAUAUGAGGGGGUUAAAGUCAUCCAACUCUGAUUUUAAGAAACAAGAAUCUAUUAAUUACAUUUCGCAGCAAUGUUCUCCCUCAACUGCGCGGACGCGUCUGCGCGCAGGUACUCCCCCGCCACAGAAUCUAUAUACUCGUCAUUCAAAAUUGCGUGGAUGCGCAUGCGUGGAAGGGUUCCUGCGCAUACAGAAUUUAUAUGCGCGUCAUUCAAAAUUGCGUGGACGCGCAUGCGUGGAAGUGUUCCUGCGCAUACAGAAUUUAUAUGCGCGUCAUUCAAAAUUGCGUGGACGCGCAUACGUGGAAGUGUUCCUGCGCAUACAGAAUUUAUAUGCGCGUUAUUCAAAAUUCUGCGCUUAAUUUCGGCUUGUGACAUUUUUUUUUUAAACAGAAUUUGUCCCAGAUUUUUGGAGCAUCCUCUAUACUUCUAUGUUAACUAACUGUUUAAACAUGCAUAAGUAAUACUACAAUGGUACAAAUAAAACGGGCUAUUUAAUAUUAAACAUUUUCCUACCAGAUAAUAAAAUACAUUUAUCUGUGUUCCUGCAAAUCCAAGAACCGUUAAGGAUGUCAGAAAAUUGUGAAAAGAACUUAAUAAUUUGUUUUUGUUUUUGUUCUUCUUUUUUUAACUGCUCUUAACAUAAAGCAAGAUAAAGACAAAAAUUAAAAUACGUAUAUAGCUUUCAUAUUAUUCAAAAUACGAGAACGUUGUUUGUGUGAAAGAUAAAUGGACUUCUAAAUCGGUUGUGAAAUCUUGCACACAUUUAUAUGAACAAUAUUCUCGUAUUUUUUGUAUUUUGAAAAAUCGUUGUGGGUAUAAUGUCAAUCUAAUGUAUAUGUACAAUUAUGGCGAAUGUAUUAGUUAAAAUUAUACAGGACCAUUAUUAUUAAGCUAAAUAUAUUGCAAUUAUGGUGUGAUAGUCCUACACUGUGAUUCAAAAUAAUUUUAGUUAACUAUAUUAUGUACAAAAAUGAUACGUAAUUAGAUUUAAAAACCUAUGUUACUUUUAGAAGAUUUUUUUAUUAUAUUUAAUUUGUUUUUGCUACUCUAGCAAGAAUGUGAUAAUCUUUAUAGAGAUGAUGAUAAUAAAUUAUUCAUUAUUUUAUAAAUUUUAAAAGAGAAGAAUGUAGUAAAAUAAUAAUCAGUGACUUUUAAGAAAAAUGAACUGCGUUUGUCAGGGUAAAAUGCAAUACGUUCAAAAGAACUAAUAAAUAAUUUAUAAUACUAAAAAGAAAAAUAUACAACGUUUUGUCAUCCUUAACAACUGAUAUUAAA